GUUUUACAAGAAGCUGUUGUGAUAAAUGUAUGUAACUUUAUUCAACAUAUGUCUAUUUAUUUUCUCCUACAGAGAAGAAACUGCAUAAGCCAGGAGCAGGAAUGGGAAAAGGAAACAAGACUGUUCUCACUGAGUUUAUCCUUGUGGGCUUCUCAACCUCAAUGCAUUUCCAGCUUCUGCUCUUUUUUGUUUUCUUAAUAAACUAUGUUUUGGUGCUGGCAGAAAACAUAAUCAUCAUAAUAACAGUCUGGUUGAACAAACACCUUCAUAAGCCUAUGUAUUAUUUCCUGUGUAACAUGUCCUUCCUGGAAAUCUGGUACAUCAGUGUCACCAUUCCUAAGAUGCUCUCAGACUUCCUUACUCAGAACAAGAACAUAUCUUUUGCUGGAUGCAUGACACAGCUCUACUUUUUCAUUUCUUUAGCGUGCACAGAGUCUGCUCUCCUAGCUGUCAUGGCCUAUGAUCGCUAUAUAGCCAUAUGCUUCCCCUUGCGAUACAUAGCCAUCAUGAGCACUAGGUUCUGCAUCCAAUUGGCAGGUGGAUCAUGGAUAAGUGGAUUCACUAUCUCCAUUUUCAAGGUGUCCUUCAUUUCACAAAUAACCUUCUGUGGUUCCAAUAUCAUCAAUCACUUCUUUUGUGACAUUUCACCUGUGCUUAAUCUAGCCUGUACAGACAUGUCACUAGCUGAGAUAGUAGAUUUUGUAUUAGCUAUUAUCAUAUUGGUCCUUCCCCUGUCUGUGACUAUUUUGUCCUAUAUCUUUAUCAUUGCUACCAUCCUACGCAUUUCUUCAGCUACUGGGCGCAACAAGGCUUUUUCCACUUGUGCCUCACACCUUUCAGUAGUUAUACUUUACUACACGGCCAUGAUCUUCAUGUAUGUGAGGCCUAAGGCUAUCUCCUCCUAUAACUCCAACAAGCUGAUUUCUGUUAUCUAUGCUGUACUAACACCCAUGUUAAAUCCCUGUAUCUACUGCCUCAGAAAUGAGGAGGUCAAGAAGGCUAUUUGGAGAACAAUGGGUAGCAAGACUUUGCUAUGA